AAAGAUUUUUUUUCUUACAAUUACGAAGCUAUCCUCUUACCCUUCGCUGACUCGCUCUUCUCUGUAAUUGUUGAGGGAAAAAAACAUGGGAAAGGACAAGGACAAGCAUGAUCAUGAUGACAAGGGUCUCUUUUCAAAUCUUGCUCAUGGUCUUGCUCAUGGUCAUGGAGGAUACCCUCCCGGUGCGUACCCACCAGCUGGAGGGUAUCCCCCUCAGGGCUAUCCACCUGCUGGAGGGUAUCCCCCUCAUGGCUAUCCACCUGCUGGAGGAUAUCCCCCUCAAGGCUAUCCACCGGCUGGUUAUCCCGGUGCACCUCAUGGCGCAUCCCAUUCAGGGCACGGUGCCUUAGGAGGGUUGCUUGCCGGCGGUGCUGCAGCAGCGGCAGCCGCAGCGGGGGCUCACCACCUGGCUCACGGUUCUCAUGGUGCUUACGGUGGUCAUGGUGGUGGCCAUUUUGCACAUCACGGGAAGUUCAAACAUCAUGGUGGGAAAUUUAAGCACGGGAAACAUGGGAAAUUCAAGCACGGGAAGCAUGGGAAAUUCAAGCACGGAGGAGGGAAAUUCAGGAAGUGGAAGUGAUUUAACUGGGGAGGAAAACAUGGACUUUUGGGAGUCGUAAGGUCCAUUCCAAGAGGUGGAAGCGAUUUACUUAUCAAUUGAUGUUAUAAUAAUCGACUUCAACUGGUUUUAUGAAUAAUUACAGACCCUUUGCUUUUGGCA